AAUUUCCCGCCUUCUGCAAAAGGAGAAAAAUGCGUGUCGGAAACCAAUCUCUUCUCUCUCUUCUGCAAUUGCCCCUGUCGCUCUCCCUCUUCUAGGGUUCCACCUCAGAUCUGCUUUCACAUUGCUCUCUCUCUAAGAAGUUUAUUUUCUCUCUCUUCUGCGAAUCUCCUCUCUCUCUUUCCUAACUUCUAACAGAGAUGGAUCUCCAUCCUACAAGGAUUCCCAUCUAGAAGCCAUAUUGGUUCUUCCUCAUGGAGCUAGACCCCUACCCCUGCAACUCAAAUUUCUCCAUUGAAAUUGAGAAGUCAUGGUACUUAGUAACCCUCCUGUUAAGGCUACGUCGCCCCUGCCUUCCUGGUCAUCUCUCUUCACUAUGCUCCAUUUUCCCCGUGUCUCCCCACCAAAUAGAGCUCCUUUGUUCAAUUCCCAGUUUGCCACUUCAAAUGACACCCGAUCACUUUGUUACUCUCUCUCAUUCUACUUUCUCUCUCCUUGGAGAUUUUUCUUGUAGAAUUUUCCCGACUGUUUCACAUGUAACACUUAGAUUUCCAGCGCUUUGUUUUCAGAGAAGUUUGUCAAAUGAGAUUUUACACAAGUAUUGCAGGAAACGGAAGGAUUGCAGGCCUUUGAUUUUUUCGCCCUUUGUGAAAAGGAGGCUCUUUAUUGAAGAUGGUCUACAAAAAGACCUCUCAUCUUUAGUGGGCGAUGAGGAGUUGACAGUUAGAGAAAAGGGAGUUUUUGAUGCUGAAUCUGAGGUAUGUGCAGGAGUAGAUGCCAGCGAAAGCAAAGAUGAGAUGCUCUUGCCGCUGGGCAUAUCUGAGACAAACGGUGGUUCAGACAUCUCAGAAAGAGAAGUACCUUUCAUUGUUCAUCAUACUAGUGUUUUCUCAUCUAGCCAUGGAUUGGAGAAGACUAACUUCGCAAAAGAUGCAUAUGGGAUGGAGUUCAAAUGUAACAAUGCAGAGAACGUCGAUGGGGAAUUACGAAAGUUGGUAAAGAUAGGAGAAGAUUACUGUUGUGCUCUGAGCACCUGCGUUAACUCAAACAAUCUUAAAACUUUAAAACGUGAAAGUGUGAGUAUCUGUAAGCUAGAGCGUGUUCCUCAAAUUACAGAGAACUGCAAAGAAACUCCUAGGAACAAUGAUAAAUUUCAAGUGAAUGCUGACAUAGAAAUUAGAGAAUCAAACAUUGUACCUGAAAAUUUUUGGGAAGAAGGUAUCUGUGAGAUAGAUCCUGUUUCUCAAAUAAAGAAUAAUUGCCAGGAAACUCAGAGGAACGAUGACGAAUUUCAGGUGAACACUGUCAUUGAAAUUAGAGAAACAAACAUUGUGCCCGAAAUUUUGAGGAAAGGAGGUUUCACAUGUAGGGUAGAGCCUACUCCUCAAGUAACAAAGGGCUGUCAAGAAACUCAGAGGAACAAUAAUAAAUUUCAAGUGAGAUCUGAUAUAAAGCAUCAAGAAACAAGCACUGUGCCUGAAAAUUUGAGGGAAGGAGGUUGUCUUGAUAACCAAUUAGAAUUUGAUAAGAUUGAACAUUCCCCUAAGGGAAAUAGGGAUUUAGAGUCCUUGAAUCCUGAGCUUGUCAAGAUAGAGGAUGUUCAAACUUCAGCAGAGUUUAACUUCGAAGCCGAGAACCGAUGCAUUUCGUCACACACAAAAGCAACAUUGAUUGACGAUGUUCCUGAUAGUCUUGAAUGCUGCUUUUCAAGUAAAAGCCCGACAGGUGCUGGGGCUGAUGAACAGUUCCAUUGUGGAAAACAUAAAGAAAUAGACAAUAUUGAUACUUGUAAUAGAGAACUCCUCAACUCUUCUUUCCAAGAAAAUGCUUCCCACAAAGAGGGCCAAGCUCCAGAUGGUUCGAUAACAAAAAACCAGGUGGUUGGUGGCAAUUUGUUAACUUGUUCAGUCACUCAAGUACUAAGAUCUGUUAGAAUGAAAGUGCCUGAAGAAUGUCCAACAGUUGGGCUCCCGAAUGCUGGGGAGCAUUCACCGAAUAUGCUUCAGAAGGAAGUGAUUUCUGGUGACAUGGAAGCCUCAAUAAUUCCUUGUCCACUUGAUGGCAGUAAAAUUACUGAUUUGACCAAACAAUUGGAUAACUUCAGGAAGGAUGAGAAGAGAAUCACUUCAAUACAGAAGGCCAAGCGAUCUCAAAAACAUAAUGGGCAUGCUAAACAUAAUGAGCCAGAUCGAAUAUGCCAUUCUUCUUCCCAUCCACAUUUGGAGCACAAAACUUUACUGGCCUUGGAAUCUUUCAUCUUAGAGGAAGAAGAAGGUUCAGGAGGUUAUGGCACUGUGUACAAGGCUACGAGGAAGCAUGAUGGAAAAACAGUUGCAGUCAAGUGCCCUCAUGCAAACGCUCACGCACAUCAUGUCAACAAUGAAUUAAAGAUGCUAGAGCAGUUUGGAGGUAGGAACUUUGUGAUAAAGUAUGAAGGCUCCUUCAAAAGUGGCAAUUUGGAUUGUUUUGUUUUAGAGCAUGUCCAGCAUGAAAGACCAGAGGUGUUGAAAAGAGAAAUAGAUAUAUAUGAACUUCAAUGGUAUGGUUAUUGCAUGUUCAGAGCCCUUUCAAGCUUGCAUAAGCAGGGUGUAGUCCAUAGAGAUGUAAAGCCAGGAAACUUCCUCUUCUCUCGAAAACUGUAUAAAGGAUACCUCAUUGAUUUCAACUUAGCCCAGGACCUCCACCAGAAGUAUGCUACAAGUAGCACCUCAAAAAUGCAUUCUACUAGAAGGUUAGACCACGUACCCAUUGCUGUCCUUCAUAGAGAAACUUCUCUUUCUUCCAAGGGAAGGUCCCUACCAAAUGGAAGAUUAGAAACACAAACUACCAUCUAUAAGGGAACCAGGGGACCGGUGCCAUCUCAUGAAGCUAAGAGCAUGAAGAAGCAGUUGCCACAUGCACCUCAAAUGGAGCCCUUUCGGAAUGGUAAUAGCAAUAUUUGUAGAAGCCAGGGUGCCGAUGGUUCGGGCACAAAGGAGGUGACAAGCACUCGAACACCUUCUGGUGAGAGGCUAAGGGAGCCCAUGCCAAGCUUUGGAAGGAAGGAGCUUAUUAGCCUGGUUCAAGAGGCCAUGCAAUGCCCCCCUCAAGAAGCAGCCAUGACAACUAUGGUUUCUCAGAGGAAAAGAGUAGCAGCCCCACCAGCCAAAGCACCACGAACUAAAGAAGAUGGAAGAUUGGUUUUGUUUACACCUAUGCCAUUGCAUUGUAAUGGUAUUCCAGUUUGUGGGGCAGGCCCAUGUAAGAACAAAGAGGGAAAACACAGGAGAGAAGGUCCUUGUGUAGGGACUAAGGGAUUCCGUGCUCCUGAGGUCUUGUUCAGAUCACUGUAUCAAGGUUACAAAGUUGAUGUAUGGUCAGCUGGGGUGACGUUGCUCUACCUGAUUAUAGGAAGAAUGCCAUUUAUUGGGAAUCCUGAACAAAACAUAAAGGAUAUUGCCAAGCUACGUGGGGCUGAAGAUCUUUGGGAGCUGGCCAAGCUGCACAACCGAGAAUCAUCUUUCCCUGUGGGUUUAUAUGACACACAAUUCAUGCAUUCAAUGAAUUUGGAAGCUUGGUGUCGAACAAAUACCAAGAGACCAAAUUUCAUUGAUCGUAUCCCAAGAUCACUCUUCGAUCUCAUUGACAAGUGCCUCAUGGUGAACCCAAGGUCGAGGAUUAGUGCAGAGGAAGCUCUACAUCAUGAGUUCUUUGCCCCAUGCCAUGAGGCCCUGAGAAAACAGAGAAUGCUGAGAAGGAAUGAUAUGAAACCCUCAUCUGACACACCCUCUAGUUCUUGAAGUCACUGACAGCUCUUCAAUGCAUGUGAUCAAGGGAGUGAGUAUGCCAAGUAACUUCAUUGUACCAUUUGAUAUCCUAUUUGUAAUAUAACAUAGCAAGUUGGCUGAAAAAUCUUCUUUCUGUAACUUGUAUUCAUUACGAGAAUUUGAUUUUAUAGAGGAAAGAUUCCAGAGCUGCUAGCAUGGAAUCUUUGCAUUGUGAUUUCUA